AUGCUACUGCCUCCCGCUAAUGACUACGACGAGUUGCAAGCAGUAUUACUGGAUGCUGGAGUGCCGAUGGACUUGGUAGUACAGAUAUCCAACAUGUCUAGAGAUGACGAAAUACUACUACAACCAACUGGCGAGGUUAUCCCAGAAUUGAGAUCUCCAAGCAAUACAUCCCGUGCAAUUUCUGGUAACGGUACAGUGAUAUCGGAAGAACGGGACAGCCGAACCAAUGACGAGAAGGACGUAACCUCACCGUUCGAGAGCGCCCUGCGGCAGUAUUUGGAGCAAUCCGCUCGAGAACGAUCGAUGCUCGAGAAAAUUUUCGCCACAAACAUAUCAACAUCCACAGUUGAUGUAUCUUCGUGGCAACCUCCAACAAAUUCACCAACUGACCCUGCUAACAGCAACGAGAUCACACUAUAUACUUUCGGAACGUUCUUCACGCAAUGUUUAUUCUGCGGUGGACCAGAUAUCCAAGUGACCUGCAUACAGAUGGCUGAACGUACUGCUCCUCUGGUGAAAAAAGUUAUUGGCGCAACCUGUGCGUUUGAAGGUAUCGUUGCACUCAUCGUAGUUGGUAUUCGAGAGGCAAAGACAUCCCAAGUCUUCCAGACAGCAAUUCAUCUAGCAUACACCGUUUUCCUGACUGAGACGGCGAGUACGAAAAAAAUGUCAGAACACGGGGAAGAUGAACAUUGUGGAGGGGUGUCAGCAUUAAACCUUAUUGAGGAAGUUGCCUGUCCAAAUUGGAGCUACGGGUUACGCGUCAUUCUGGAGUGGGCUCUUGGCCCAACCGAAGAAUCGUCAUCAAUUCCAGAUAUUAUGACGGUAAAUCGAGCACCUACUACAUUAAAUUGUACGCCUACCGCAACAAUGGGACCUCGUGCUGCAACUCCAACGGCGGCCAACCCUCCAGUAUCAAUCCCCGGUAACUCUGCACUUAACCGUAAACAACCGGAAGACAUUAAGCAAUUGGUCAACACAAGAAGUACUGACCAGCCUGAGCGUCGCACUGGAGGCGUCAACGGAAAGAGCAAAGAGAAGGUGAAAAGCAAUAGCAAACACGAUGGCAAAGAUCCAGAUCAUUGCGUUGUUCAAUAA